ACCGCCAAGUCAUCGUCUUAUUUUGAACAGAGUAUAAAUGUGUAAACAUUUAUAUAAAUAAUAAUCAUAUUUCAAUAAUAUUAUAAUAUUAUUUAGGCGUCGAAAACCUAAAUAUUACAUUUUUAUAAUAUUAUUACAUACGAGCGCGGCUGUCGGCGACGGCAGCUCGUCGAACGGUCUCGAUUGCAAACAUACGCGGCACGGCGCCGACAGUCACGAACGAGAAUGCAAACAGUGUGGGCACACGAUGAAUACCGUCCGUUCGUAUUUUGCUGUCACCGUCGCGUUUCUCAUGGUCGCGAUCGGCUGGUGGGCCGCCGACGCCGUGGUUUGUUGCAACAGUACUUCAACAGAUAUAUUUUGCUGGAACAAAAAUCGGACAUUCGACAUAAUCGAGACGAUCAAUGAGGAGCCGUGCGAUGACAACCGGACGGCAGUGCAGGUCUGGAAGUGCUAUCCGCCGUUCUAUUCGGAAUGGCAGAAAUUCGGACCGGCUGGGGUGGACGGUGACGAGAGGAUGAUGCAGCGACUGAGGGACGGAUUUCGGGCGGUGACCGAUGCGGUGAUGGUGGGUUACUAUAAUGCGAAGCCAAAUUGCGAUGACUCGCAAGUGCUAGUCGAUGUGCCCGCCAUGGAGGUGCGUAGGCUGAUGGAGGCGGACCCGUCGGCGGUCGAGUUGCCGCCGGGCUACUGCUUCAGCCUGACGCCAUCCGAUGAGCUGGUGGCCCAGACGUGCCGGCCACGCAAACAGCACUGCGGCCAGGAUGAUUACACGUGCGUCAACAAGUGCUGCAAUCGUGACCAGAUGUACGUCGACGACUACUAUGAUUGCAUGCUGCAGAGCGAGAAGCCGUUCACGAUGUCCGCCUAUGAAACAGACGCGGACGGCCAUCCUGUGGGCCGGUCGAACAGCACAGUGCAGCCUUACUACACCUACGUCAAUCUCCCGUGUAUAAAUAAGAGAAAGUUUAAAUUCAAUAUUAUGUUGGAAAUAGAUAAUAUAACUUACGUUACUAAAUACGAAGACCUCGCACCGGACACGAAAUACUGCGUGGACUAUUCACCGGUUGACUACAAAAUACUACCGAUAUUAUGCCCCAGUGACUAUCGUAGUGGCAAAAGUGAUGGGGUGCUGCCUUUAUUUGCCAAUGUCCAGUGUUUCAAUAAAAAAAUAUUGAAAGAAGGGUUUAUAUUGACUACGGAUGGCAUUCUUUACCUUAGCGAAAAAAGCCGGUUUCAAAAUCUAAUGGCGGACAUAUGCAACAAGUACGCCGAGGGCAGCAUUAGCAGUAGACAUUACUUCCUUAUUCUGACCGGUUACGUGACGUCUGUCGUGUGCCUGGCGCUCACGCUGCUCGUGUACGCCACACUGCCCAGCCUCCGGAACGUCCACGGCUACUACGUCAUGUGCUACAUUGCCUGCCUGCUCAUGUUGUACGUAUGCAGAACAAUCGACAUGAUGGCAUUCGACGACUUAUACGAACCCGUAAGACUUCCAUUCGAUUAUUUUACUUUAUUUGCAUAUUUGACAACAUUUUGCUGGUUAAACGUAAUAUGCUUCGAUAUUUACUGGAAUAUGAGGUACAACAAUUUAAGAAAAAUAAAUACAUCAACAUCAGUGCGUACCAUUAUGUACCAUAUUUACUGUUGGGGAUUUUCAAGUAUUUGCCCAUCUAUUGGUUAUUUUUAUAUACUACAUUUAUUAAACGAACAGAAACGGAUUUUAGAAGCCACAAGCAGCUUUACAAUGAGUUGCUGGUUUUCCGGUGGUUCCAAGAUUUUACUUCAGGUGCAGCACAUUUAUUUAUACAUGUAAUACAGAAUAUACAUACAUUCCUAGAGCUGGAUAGGCCAGUCAAGCAUUCAAGGAAAACUCGAAGGCCUGCUAACAUUUUAGGCUGGUAGGAUAAAAUGUCCACAAUACCGCGUUACAUUUUUUUAUGACAGCUAUAAUAUAAUAGAAUACUAUUAACAAAUGCGAUAUAUGUGGCCAAUAUAUAGGCCAUUGUGCAACCAUAACAAAUUAAGGGUUGGUAGAAAAAUAAUUUUCGAAGGGUCGAUAUAACACAACCUACCCCUGUAACAUUCCUAUACCUAUACCGGCUAUACCACACUCACAUACAAACACAUAUAUAAUAUAUCCUAUACAUUUCAUUGUAUUUUCCUACUUGGAAUUUUCAUUUAAUUUUAUUUUUAUAAACAGCUAGUUUAUUAAAUAUUUAUAAUUAUUAGUUAUAAUAGUUAAAAUAGAUGGAAUGUUGUUUUUAAAGAAAAUGAAGCAGCUGCCCUACAUGUCCAUCUAGUAGUAGACAAUGUUAAGGUCAAAUUAAGUACAAUGAGGAUAGCAGUGGACAUAAUAUAGAAUAUUUUUGUUUUCCAUUUUACACUUAGCUUGUCUUCUUCCAAUACGUAAUACCAGGUAUGGUACAUGCACCAUCAAAACAGACUAACGUAAUAGAUGUCCAAUAUUUUUUGUCAUAGUUUUAGGCUUAAAGAAAUUAGUAAAUCAAGUAGUAACAUCUUUGGACUAUGCAUACCUACUCGUAAUGAUGAAUAAUUGAAUUAAGAUCAAUACCUAUCAAUAAUUUAACAAUUUUAAAAGAUAAAGCGAUUCACGAUCUAAAAUGCUUAAAAUCAUAAAAAGAGACUUUAAAGAAAAUUGAAUCCGAUUAAUGUGUGUGACCUACACAACUAUAAAAGCAAGUAUUAAUGACUUGAUUUAAAUUUUUUGCUUGAAGAUAAUAAUUAUUUAUAUGAUUAUAAGUUUUAAUAUUAAUACACGACAAUACGAUAUUAGUUAUUAUCUAUUUACUUACACAAAAUACAAAUACAUACAUCCAUAAUAAGUAGUUGAACAGAUUAUUUUUCAAAAAUACCUACCUACCUUUAUUACCUACAACUUAAAAAUAUUUAUUACUCAUAUAUUUUAUUUGCAACUAUUAACUUUUAUAUUAUUUACUCAUUUUAAACGUUGAUAAAAAAAAUUUUUGUUGGAUUCAUAAAGGGGAAAAAAUAAUAAUCGACGGUAUAGGCGUUUGUAUAAAGUUUAACAUUUUUCAAUAUAACUUAGAAUGAACAUCGGCGCCACUGGUUUUCUCUAUUAAAUUUGUAUAUUACAUGGUUAUA